CUGUGCGCACAAUUCACCGCCGUUCACGUUAGCACUCCAAACCCUUCGCACGUAAACCUCUCUCUAUCUAUCUGCCUGUCUCUGUCUGUCACCUAUCAGCUACUCCUCACCUCCGACACUCUCUCUCUCUCUCACUCGCCGGAAAAUUUUUUAAUUCAAUAGUUUCAUUCGUCCGGUUAUCUAAUUGAAUCUUCCGUUUGCUCUCAAGUAAACCUAUAUAUAAAAGAUCACGAUUUCAGAAUGGGAAUUCAAUUCGUUGACAAGGCAGAUCUAUGGAAGAGUGCUCUGUUGUUGAAUCUUAAGCUCCGUGAUCGAUUUCGCAUCGCAGUAGAUGAUCACCGUGGUCGAGCGGCGGUUUUGUCCCCGGAUGGUUACUUCUCUACCAGUAUCCACCGCUGGGUGACUCGAUUCCGGAAUUUUCGCCGUGAAUCUCUCCCUUCUCCUCCCGCUUUUUAUCGCCGACGAGUUUCGAAAGAUUUAACGGCAGAAGAAGAGUCAGCUCUAUUCAGGAUGCUUCAAGCUGUGGCUAUUCCCCUUAUUGGAAAUGCUUGUCAUGUUUUCAUGAAUGGUUUCAACCGUGUUCAGGUGUAUGGUUUAGAGAAAUUGCAUGAUGCUUUACUCAACAGACCAAAGAACAAGCCUCUUGUAACGGUUAGCAAUCAUGUUGCAUCUGUGGAUGAUCCUUUUGUCAUUGCUUCGCUACUUCCACCUAAACUUCUACUUGAUGCUCGUAAUUUGAGGUGGACGCUUUGUGCUACUGAUAGAUGUUUUAAAAACCCUGUGACUUCAGCUUUCUUUCGAUCUGUCAAAGUUUUACCAGUUUCUCGUGGUGAAGGAAUUUAUCAGCAGGGAAUGGACAUUGCGAUUUCGAAAUUAAACAAUGGAGGGUGGGUUCACAUUUUUCCAGAAGGCAGUCGCUCCCGGGAUGGUGGAAAGACUAUGGGAUCAGCGAAGAGGGGUAUUGGAAGGUUGAUUUUGGAUGCAGAUACUCUCCCCAUGGUUGUUCCAUUUGUGCAUACUGGUAUGCAGGAUAUAAUGCCAGUUGGAGCCAGUGUUCCUCGCCUUGGCAAGACAGUGAGUAUCUCUAAAUCUCCACAAAAAAUUGUCUCCUUGUUUGUGGGCUUCGAUCUCUUAUUACUUUGAUGCAUCACUAUCUCUGCUCGCCCGAAAUUAGCAAACCAAUAACAAACCAUAACUUUAUUGUCCAUGAAAGGGAGCAGAGUUAAAAUGCCAGAUAGUAUGUAGUGCUACCAAUC